UGCGCUGAGUCUUCGUCGUGGGAGUUGCGCUCUCUUGGUGCGUCAUCAGGGCAGCUGUUAGGGCGCACAGAAGAGCAGCGAGAACCAACCAAUCGGAGACUCAAUGUGUUAAAUUAGUGCGUGCAGAAAGUUUUCGAAUCUUCCAACAUCCAACAGCCUAAAAUAGACCGCGAAAAUUAGUUCAGCUAUGUCUCUGGAGGAAUCACGGAGAUCGCAACGUCCGUACCGGUACGGGAUGGUCCUCCUAUGCGUCGGGGCUCUCAUCAACUGGUUGGGUUUAGCGGAGAACUACGUUGAACCGGUGCGUUACGUCGGUGUCGCCUGCAUAGUCGCCGGGGCUCUCCUCAUUUGCGCCGCGAUGUGCUGCUGGCUGCACGCACCGCCAACUAGGACGAGCACGCACACGCAACAUACGAACCAUCCGAUCACGGCACAGAUCGAUGACCCGAUCCACGUGAUUUCCAUCGAGGAACCGCCUGGCGUGUCGAGGCAGAAGCCGCCGGAUUACGAGGCGGUAACGGACGCGCCACCGAGCUAUGAUGACGCUAUCAAGCUAAAUCCUAGUCAAUUAAUCAGGUUGAGCAAUGGCAGCACGCCGCCGUUAUCCUCAGGACAAAUUAUCCCGACAACCAUCAGUAUUGUCUCUCCAACGCUAACACCGCUAACACCGCCACCGCCAUACGCGAGGUGAGAUUGUAGCGCUGAAAAAAGAGAUCAAUGAAUACGCAGGUCUGCGACAUGGAUCGGAGAAUCGACAUAUAUCGUUGUCAAUUGCAAAGAUGAGCGAUCACGUCUGUGGACUGCGAAUAAUACGAUUGUACGACAAUUCCGUUGUUUGCUCUUGUCGUUACGAGAUGCGUGAACGUAUACGUAGAGCUGCGCAAGAUAUCAGGGAGAGGAAGUUGAACCAUUCAAAGAUUGCUCAAUGUUUCCACGAGCAAGAAUCGAAAGAGGAUCUCUUCGUGACGUCUCAGAUAUCGACUGCUUAGAUUAUUAUCUAUAUUAGCUGCGAACCGUUGGCACCGACAUCGUUUUACCGCUUAGAACGAUUAACUCUUCCUAGCAUUAUGACGUUACGUUACGGUAACUCCAGGAAGAAACAGAAAGCCAUUGAACGAAUUGAGUUCGUUUUGAUCACGGCGAUAUUCGAGUUUAUUUAACGCGGCCUAAAGAUUUGCGGUUACUCUCGAAUUAUAUCACGAUAGCUUUGCUUUGUUGAAAGUCGGAUGGAUCUCUCAUGGAAUCACGCGCAUCUGAGAAAAAAUAGAAAUACACAAUGGUGAUACGUAACGACGUACUGACUCACAAUGCAUAAUUGCAAACGUACAGGUCUAUACAUAUCGUACUUCUUUCAUUUUCAAUGCAAUCCGAUGAUCGUCUCAAUGAGAAUCCAUCUGCGAUGAAUUAUGUCAUAGCGACCGCGAUUUCUAUCAACUUUGCGCUAUUGCUUGGCCGUUCUGUAACCGCGAGAAUGAAGUAACGACUUUUGACAGUCAGACGUUUCGUUCAACUCGCGGUCGGCUGUUGUUCAUUUAAUUUAACGAUUCGAGCCGCGCCUAAUUGAUGCCGAUCUGCAGAAACGGUGGUCUUUUAAAAAUUAAUUGACGGAGCAAACACACGUAUUUUUUAGAAUAUGCAUUUUUAAUUCAUCUCAUUAUGAUCGCGCGUUAUUUGAAAAGUGACGUGGACAAAGUUAUAGGGAUCACGCUAAAAUACGUAAAUCGUAUCGAUUUAUCCCCUAUAUAAUAUAAUAUUUAAAAUCUGUCGUGUUCCAAUAUUUGACCCACGUCACUUUCGAAAUAAGCAGCUCAACUAUUCAUUAAGUCCACGUGACUUUUUAUACGCGAUGGGAAAUGCUCGCGACAGAUUUUCUCACUCUGGGACAUUGUUGGGAUCGCGACGCGCGUUCGAAGAGGAUCGUCUCCCACGAUGAUCCGGCGAGGAAUCACAGUAAUAGAGCAUUUAGCGCGUUGCGAGCUCAGCUGCGCGUAAUUUACUGAAGAAUGAUCUUCUGCCAUAUCAUUUCAGUGUCUGUCUCUUUAAAUACGCACACACACGCGCACAGCACACUCAUGCGAAAGCCAUUCGCACGUCCAUUUUAUUGUGAUAUAUACUAUUAUACAUAUAUACGUGUAGAUAUUAUGAAGCAACACUGUCGAAUGCAAUGGCGAUGCUUGUAAAAUAAGACUUUUUUAUAUCGAAAGUGCAAAAUACAAAAUACGAGAUUUUUCUACGGCAAA